AUGAUAGACAAUAAUUCUUUUCAGAAUAAACAGACUGAAAUAUUUAAGAUUGUUGAAAAAGUCAGCGAAUAUAACAAUAAAAUAUAAAAUCACAGCGGUAAUCUAAUAUUGCUAAUUGGAAAAACAGGAUCAGGAAAAACCACGAUAUUCAAUCUAUUAAGAGGUGGGAAAUAUAAAUACAAUUAAAAUAAAGAUUAAAUUGAACUCAUUAAUUAAUCAAAUCAAAACUUUGGCAGUAUCGGAUAAGGGAUAAAUUCCAUUACUUAAGAACCUAAUUUAUACUAUAAUGAUGAUUAUAAACACCUUCUUAUAGAUUUCCCAGGAUUCGAUAAUACUAGCGGGGAAAAUUUAUUUAUUGAAACUGUUAUAAAUAAGAUUAUUAUUAACAAUAAAGUUAAGAUUAUCUACAUCAUUGAAAACCCUGAUAUGGUAGAGCAAGUGAUUAAUAAAAUAAUUUGA